AUGUUGUGUCAGAAUGUUCACAAAUUUGGUCAGAAAUUGGUCCGCAGGCGACUGCUGGAGCCCAGGGAAGGGUUUGAGAGGCCCGAGGCUGGUCCUCUGAACACUCUGGACCUGGUGGCCUUGGGUGUGGGCAGCACCCUGGGAGCUGGUGUGUACAUCGUGGUUGGAGAAGUGACUGUGUACGACGCUGGACCAGCAACUGUCAUCUGCUUCUUUGCGGCCGGCGUGUCUACUCUUUUGUCUGGGCUCUGCUAUGCGGAGCUGGUGGCCUGGGUACCACGCCCCGGUUCUGCGUAUCUCUACAGCUACGUCACCGUGGGAGAACUGUGCGCCUUCAUCAUUGGCUGGAACCUCAUCCUGUCCUUUGUCAUGGCGACUGCCUGUGAGGCCAGAGCCUGGAGCUACACCUUUGACAGCCUGUUUGGGAACCACAUCUCUCGGGCGUUCCAGGAGACGUUCUCUCUGAACGUGCCCCACUUCCUGGCCACCUAUGUAGACUUUUUUGCCUUCGUCCUGGUGCUGCUGCUCACAGGACUGCUGGUUCUGGGAGCUCGUGUGACAACCCUGAUGAUCAAAGUGUCCACAGGCUUGAAUCUUUUUAUUCCCAUCUUCAUGAUCCUCUCUGGCUUCAUUAAGGGAGACCUGCACAACUGGCAGCUCACAGAACAGGACUACAGAUCAAACACAUCUGGACCCAGCAGCACCUUUAGCUUGGGCCCUCUGGGUUCUGGAGGGUUUGUGCCCUUUGGCUUUGAAGGGAUUCUCCAAGGAGCAGCUCUACUUUUCAUCUCCUAUUUUGGUGUUUAUGGCAUGGUCACUGCAGGGAAACUAGCCCCAAAUCCUCAGCGUUCCGUCCCCUUGAGCAUGGUGAUCUCCAUCUUCAUUGGCUUUCUGGCGUACUCUGGAGUCUCAGCGGCGCUCACCCUCAUGGUGCCCUACUACCAGAUUCACCCUUACAGCCCCUUACCACAGGCUUUUCUCCAUGUAGGAUGGGCUCCUGCCAGAUAUGUCAUGGCUGCUGUCUUCCUGUGUACCCUUUUAUACAGCUUCCUAUGGGCCACGUUCUCCAUGUUUCAGUUGAUCUAUGCAAUGGCAGCUGAUGGGCUCCUUUUCCAAGUUCUUGCCCGGAUCCACACCCAUACAGGCACCCCCAUCAUGGCCAUCUUGGCUUCUGGAACUCUUACAGGGUUCACGGCAUCACUCCUCAGCAUCCUUGAUCUGGUGAAACUCAUGUCAGCUGGGGUCCUGCCUGAUUACACCCUUGUGGCUGUUUCCAUACUUGUCCUCAGGUACCAACAAGACCAAAAUUUAAACAAGAAUGAGAAAAUAAAGGAGGAAAUUGAGAUUUCUGAUCAUGAAUCAAGUCCUUCAGAACCUGUACCUGAAGCAGGAAUCUCAAGCAUUCAGAAGACUCUGUGGUACCCUACCAGCCGCAUCCCCACCUGGAAAUCCGGCCAGAUUGUCUAUGGAUGCGCCUUUCUGCUCGUUCUCCUGCUGACCAUCCUGAGCCUGAUCCUGGCCCAGUGGCCCAGCCAGGUGUUCUCUGGAGACCCCGGGCUCACAACAGUGAUUGUGCUGCUGCUGCUGCUCAUCACUGGGGCCACGGUCAUCAUCUGGAGGCAGCCCCAGAGCCCCACUGCUCUUCACUUCAAGGUCCCUGCUCUGCCUGUCCUCCCACUGGUGAGCAUCUCUGUGAACAUUUACCUGAUGAUGCAGAUGGAUGCUGGGACCUGGGUCCAAUUUGGCAUCUGGAUGGGGAUUGGAUCCAUCAUAUACUUUGGAUAUGGGAUCCAACACAGCUUCAAGGAGAAAAAUGAACAGCCACCAGCCUCUACCUCCCAAAUGCUGGACAAAAAUGUCCCCAGUGAUGAAUCGUCUUAA